UCCUUUCAAAAUGGAAUGUCAAACAAUUCCUGACACAGUGUGUUUGGUGUAUAUUGUAGUAUCGCAAGUUGAAACUCGAAAAUAAAGCAAAAAAAUGUCGGGAAUUGCAGUUGCUCGUUUAGGUGAAGAAAGAAAAACUUGGCGAAAGGAUCAUCCCUAUGGAUUCGUAGCUCGACCAGUGAAGAAUGUGGAUGGAACAUUAAAUUUAAUGUUGUGGGAAUGUGCGAUUCCUGGAAAGAAAGGGACACCAUGGGAAGGCGGCCUAUACAAAUUGCGAAUGAUUUUCAAAGACGACUAUCCCACGAGUCCCCCCAAAUGCAAAUUUGAGCCAGCGUUAUUCCACCCGAAUGUGUAUCCAUCCGGCACAGUAUGCCUAUCGCUAUUGGACGAAGACAAAGAUUGGCGCCCGGCUAUAACAAUUAAGCAAAUUCUGAUCGGAAUACAGGAUCUUUUGAACGAACCGAACAUCAAGGAUCCGGCACAGGCAGAAGCGUAUACAAUUUAUUGUCAGAAUCGGCUAGAGUAUGAGAAGCGUGUCCGAGCUCAGGCACGGGCUAUGGCAGCUGAGUAGAUAUUUCAUUGUUAGAUUGAGUGAACAACAUUGAAGAUUUCUUUUAUUUUAAAUAAACGGAAUGGAAUCUCAAUCCAACAAAAAU